AUGCACAGCAAGCUGUACUCCAAAGAAACCAUAGAACAAAACCUCUCCGCCCUCUCCCUCGAUGCCCAAAAACGCGCCGAGAAAGACUCCCAAAAGAAAGCUGCAAAAGCCGCCUCUGCCGAAGCCCGACGCGCUGAAGAGCUCGCCUCCUCCAAGAUCCUGAUUAAGCGCAUCGAGCGCAACAAGCGCAAAUACGUCACCGCCGUCCAAGGUCUGGAAGCUUUCGGCCUGGACAUCAAGAAGGUCGCCAAGGACUUUGGCAAGAAAUUCGCGACGGGCUCGAGCGUGACUAAGAUACCUGGUGGCGGAGAGGAGAUUACGGUCCAGGGCGAUUUGAGCGAGGAUAUCUUGGAGUUUCUGGUGGAUAAGUAUGAGGAGGUGCCCGAGGACAAUGUCGAGUUGAUCGAAGAUAAAAAGAAGAAGAAGACGGAGGGAGUUUGAGUGUGGAUUGAGAGGCGAGAUAUGUGAAUCAGUGGAUCUUCAGAUGAAGGUAGACAAGGUCGUGUGGCGGAUGAGUCCACGCAAGAUGAUAGGCGCACGUGAGGUGCGCGAGGAUAGCUCGACAUCAUACCUGAUCACAGGUCGGAACAAGCUACCGUAGAGAAUUACAGCCCAACGGUGAACAUCCAGUC